ACCAUCACAGUAGCCAUACCUGACUACAUACAUACACUGUAAGGGACUGAAACUCUUUGUAAUGGUUUGAUGUAAUCCGAAAUUAAUGAAAAGUAAUCAGAUUUUGUUACUAGUAUAUAGUAAUCUUUUGUAUUGGGUUGCAGAAACAUUUUUAAUAGCUAAUCGGCACCAGAAUACAUUUAAAAAUAAUCCUCCCAAUCCAGGCAAUGUUAUUUUAGCUAAGAGGUCGCGCAAUUGCUUGAGGCGAUAAUGCUGUUGACCGUGCGGUCAGGCAGAGUUUAUGCAGCAGUACGGAAUCAGUAACUUUAACCUGAUGUGAUUACAUCCUGAUUCUAGAACAGCAUUUAACCAUCUCAUUUUAUAAUAAAACCCUGUCUCUGUCUCUCUCUCACACACAUACACACACACGGAGACUAGUUAGUAAGCCCCCAAACUACAUCAGCCUUCAGCUCUGGGGCUGUAUACAUCAAACAUCUCAGAUUUAUCUAUGGACAGUUUUGUUUAUUAUUAUAAGAGAGCUGAACAAGUCACACAUGGGGUGAAUUAAAUUAAGACACAUAACAAAGCUGUACAUAAAACACUAUAUGUAGCUGCCUACGUAACAUAAGCUUACUUAAUGUAAGACUUACAUUCUAAUAAUGAACAUGAUUAUGUAAACAGUCUGAAUAUGAAAAAAAAUCUGACAAAUCAGUCUGAAAGGAAGAAAAGCAGCACAAAUGUAAAGUCCCUCGUUCACUUAUCAGUUAACAUAAACAAGGAUACAUUUUCUGAGUUAUGAGUUAGUAAAUAAUCUGAGAUAUAUAUAUAUAUAUCGGAUUAAUCACAUUAUUAAUCAGUAUCAUAGAAGUAUGUAGUUAUAAUCAUGUGGUAUAAUCCACCUGAAUCCACCAGUGCUUCGCUGGAAUGUAAGGGGUUAAUCUCUGUUAGUUCUGAUAAAGCUAACAUAAGAUCUGCCACAGCAUACUCAAAUGUAUUUCAUGAAUGUCUUAUCACACUCAUUUUUUUGUUUAAAUCAGAUAGCACCCUUUCAGGACGCUGCAGGCAGAUAAGCGCAGGUUAUAAAUAUGUUGUGGUUCAGGUGGCUGGUGUGUGUAUGUGGAAUAGAUUUCUCCGGAGGCAUGAAGGAGUGUUUGAUACUCGGCCUGCUCCAUCUGGCUCUAACUGAAGGAUUAAUCAGAGUUCCUCUGGUGAAAAUGAAGACCAUAAUGGAGGAGAGAGGGUUCCUGAAGGAAGUACUAGAGGACUCACCAUACAGUUCAGAACUAGGUUCUGCCGAGAAUCUAAUCAACCAAGAUGAUAUGGCUUACUUUGGAAAGAUCGCAAUAGGAACUCCACCGCAAUACUUCUAUGUCCACUUUGACACUGGCUCCACUACUCUCUGGGUCAACUCUGUCUACUGCAAUAGCGAUGCCUGCUCUCAUCAUCCCCUCUUUAACCCAAGUAAGUCCUCCACAUACCACAGCAAUGGACAACCAUUUUCAAUCCAGUAUGGGACUGGAAGUGUUUCUGGUGUUAUUGGUUAUGACGUAGUCACAAUGGACGAGCUGACUGUCACAAACCAGAAGAUCGGUUUAAGUCAGUCUGAACCUGGUGAUCACUUUGCAAGGCCCUUACAUGAUGGAAUAAUGGGUUUGGCCUUCAAGCCUGACCAAGGAACCAUUGUGGACACCAUGAUCCAGGAAGGCCUUAUUGAGGAGCCUGUCUUUGCCUUCUACCUGAGCAGGGACUCUGAGAGCGGCAGUGAGGUUAUGUUUGGAGGAACCGAUUCUUCUUACUACCAGGGUCAAAUCAUCUGGGUUCCAGUACAACAAGAUAGUCACUGGCAAUUAGUCUUUGAAGGUUUUGAGGUGAAUCACGAGUCUGCAGGCUGGUGUGAGAAUGGAUGCACAGGUAUAACAGACACAGGCACAUCUCUUCUACUGUGCCCACCACAGUAUGUAGAAAAUCUCCAUCAAAUGCUGGGAUCCCAGCAGGACCAGAAUGGCAAUUAUGUGUUUGACUGCAGUGAAGUCAGCAGCCUUCCUCCAUUAACAUUCAUCAUGAACGGAGCUCACCUGCACCUGCCAGCCUCCGCAUAUGUACUUCAGGAAGAAGAUUCCAGUGGUAACCCAUACUGCCUGAGUGGGAUUAGCAGUUCUGGAGAAGAAUACAGAAACGGGCUUCCUUACUGGAUCCUGGGUGACGUCUUCCUCAGGCAGUUCUACUCCGUGUUUGACCAGGGAAAUGCUAGGGUGGGAUUUGCAACCUUGGCAUAGAGUUACCAUACACACUCUGAUGCAGGGACUGCACCACUGUGGUGAUGCAGUGAAAUGUGGCUAACCACAAAAUCUCACCGUGGUACCCAUUGUAAGAUGAAAUGCAAAAAAAACAAAAUAAAAAACUUCAGCUCUAUAGCUAUAAGUCUGCCGUUUGGCCAUUACAGCAGUCAUGACUUUGUUUUGUGACUGGAGAUUUUCCAUCUGCUGGCUAGAAACCCCAGUAAAAUGGGAUCAAGUGUA